UAAGCCACGAUGGUGUGCAGUACCGGUAUUUGUGAACUCAAUACAGUUUAUGAUAGCGGUGAAAAAGUUAUAAAUAUUUUAUUGUAAUUGAAAACCAACAAGUUACAUCCGUUCUAUUACCAACAAUGUAUUAAACAAUGUUUUGAUAAAAUGUUGUUAUUUGUUUUGCUCGUAUUUACAUCAGUACAUUUGACACAGCAGCAUUUGGUUUAUCCAAUCAACUACUGCAGUUUGGCAGCAGUGUGUGUGCAUGACAAUCGCAUGGUAUGCGCCACCACUGAAGAUGGGUGCAGUCGGAAGACAUUCCUCGACCAGUGCGACAUGUAUGAAUAUAACUGCGAUUUCGGUGCCCGUUAUCGGGAAACCUACAACGUAUUUUGUUUAGGUCCAGAACUAGAUAUAAGCGACCCACUCCCACUCUCAUUCCGCCCUCCAACAAUAUGUAAUAAAGCACUACAGCACCACAGGCGUAACUUUGUACCAAAGGUGACACCACAACUUGCGUCAGUACAGAGACGUGUAGGUACAUCAGCUGUGCCAUCAGUACCUUGUGACAAGUGUAUGACGACAUUGCGGCCAAGACAAACAACAGAACUUGAUUACCAUUACUUACAAACGAUGAAGAUGCCGUUACGAUCAUUGGGAAUGCGGGCACCGCCAUCUUGGAUACCACUGAAGCCAACAUGGCCAGCACCCCCCACAAAUGUGCCACCACUACCAUUACUGCAAUUUAAUCCCGAACCAUAUAUAGAUAUUGCCGCAAAUACAAUAGGAGACUCGGCAUAUUAUUUUCCAUCGACAUAUAAAGUAAUGAAAGAGACCACCGAAGACAGUGAUUAUCUUGAACACCCAGACGAAGAUGUUCAGUCAUUUGGAGACAAAAAUGAUCACACAGGCUCAUUGAAACCAACUACUGAAGAAUAUAGAUUGGUGGAAGAACUGAGAUCCAGGUAUAUUAAGCCUUUAGAACAAAUAUUUAAUGUAAAUAAAUUAAAUUAUAGGCCACUAGAAAAACCAAAGACACUUCAUCCAGUUUAUUCACCACGACGCACCAUUGAAAAUGAACAAUCAGUUGAUCAAAUGCUAAAAGAUGUUCGGGCGCUGGAACAAGAGUUUAAAUACAUUAAUUACUUGGAUCCUGAACUCAUGAUGACAACACGAGCAAGUUCUUAUAAAGUACAAUCGCCGCAAACUGUAGCACAAUUCAUACUUUCUCCACAGAUGAAUAGUCAUUACUUACGGGCUCCAACGACGAGGUCACAGCACUUACCAAAACAUCAAAAGCAUCCUCAACAUAUUCACAUCAAUGAACAAUAUAACUCUCGGCGUCAUUAUCCGGAUAACAAAUAUAAUUCUAAGCAGCGUUUAAUAUGCCAAUGCACUACAUGUAAUACAAAAAGGGAUGUGCAUAAACCAACAAUAAAAACGUUUCCAACCUAUACAAGCUCUUUCGUAACUUUUGACAUCCUCCCUCCUAGACCAGUCGAUGAAGUGUGUUGUGAUGAUAGACCUAAAACUUGGAGAACGACGAAAAAUCACAUUUUUACUACGUCACCUAUGACGCCAGAUACCUUUGAAACCACAUCAACACCUAAAUGGGAUAUAACAUCUUCAUUUCCAAGUACAUCUACAAAAAAACAGGAGACCACAACAAGUACAACAGAGGAAAUCACAACUACAUCAAUGUUAACAACCACAAGCAAACCAUCGGAAACUACUUCCAAUGAUGAUGAUGAAACAUCCACUACUACAACACCCACUACAGCUAAACCUACUAUUACUUCAACUACUACUAUUAAAACUACUACUACACAUGUAAUUACUACUAAACCUACAUCAACUACUACCCCUUCAACUAUAACAACUACUACUAAACCUACAACAACUACUUCUAAACCUACUACAACUAAAACACCUUCAACUACUACUACAUAUACUACAACUACUACCAAACCUAUUACAACUACUUCUAAACCUACUACAACUACUACACCUUCAACUACUACUACAUAUACUACAACUACUACCAAACCUAUUACAACUACUUCUAAACCUACUACAACUACUACACCUUCAACUACUACUACAUAUACUACAACUACUACCAAACCUAUUACAACUACUUCUAAACCUACUAGAACUACUACACCUUCAACUACUACUAAAUAUACUACAACUACCACUAAACCCACUAUAACUACUACUCCUUCAACUACUACACCUUCAACUACUACACAUUCAACUACAACUAUACCUACAACAACAACUACUACAUCUACUACAACUACUACACCUUCAACUACAAUUACAACACCUUCAACUACUACUACUGUGAAACCUACUACAACUACUACACCUACAACUACUACACUUUCAACUACAACAACUAAACCUACAACAACUACUACACCUUCAACUACAACAACAACUACACCUUUAACAACUACUAAACCUACUACAACUACUACACCUACAACUACUACAUUUUCAACUACAACUAAACCUACAAUAACUACUACUAAACCUACAACAACUACUACACAUAUAACUACUACUAACCCUACUACAACUACAAAGCUUACUACUAAACGAACUACUACUACUAAAUCUACUACAAAAACUACACCUUCUACAACUACUAAACCUACUACAACUACAACAACUACACCUUCUACAACUACUAAACCUACAACAACAACUAAAUCUACUACAACAACUACACCUUCUACAACUACUAAGUCUACUACAACUACAACAACCACACCUUCCACAACUACUAAAUCAACUACAACUACUACACUUUUAACAACUUCUAAACCUACUACUACAAUAACAACCACUAAGCCUACUACUACAACUUUGACUACAACAUCCACUACUACUAAACCAAUCACUACUACUACUACUUUACUUACAACUACAACAUCUACUACUAGGAGAUUAACAACAACUAAGCCUACUACAUCUACUACUACUAAACGUACUACUACGCUUUAUCCUACUAAACGACCACCAACUUAUCAUCAUACUACGCCUUGGUGGUAUCCAACGACAUGCAAGAGCAUAUAUUGUGAUAGACCCGUCACAUGGCUCACAACCAUGAAAUCAUCAUCCACUCCUAAACUAACCACUACUACUACUUUACUUACAACUACUACAUCUACUACUACUACUCUUUAUCCUACUAAACGACCACCAACUUAUCAUCAUACUACGCCAUGGUGGUAUCCAACGAGAUGCAAUAACAUAAAUUGUGAAAGACCUGUCACAUGGCUCACCACAACAAGAAGAUCAAGGAAACGAAAAUACUACAGGUUACAAAAUAGUGGUAUGUGGUAAAAACAAAACACCGCCAACUGACCAACAUUAUUCCAAUAUUUUGGACAACAUAAAUCUAGAUCCGGACUCAGACUAUCUUGAAAAUGACAUUGAAAGAAGUACUUUUAAGAAUAAUUACGAUUGUAAUCACUUACCACCAUGUGACAGAC